UAGUUCACAGCCGAGGUCCGUAAACCCUUGGAUUUCCUCCAUCUCCACAUCAGUGCGACUCCAGUCCGUCCGAGACCGGCAUGGCCACCACGGCCGCCGCCGCCGCCCCGGUGCCAGGCGCUAUUCCAGCCGCGGCGCCCGCGGCCCCGUCCGCGCAACCGCAUCCCGUUCCAGACAAAUGUACGAAUUAUAAAAACCAUUUGCAAGAGUGGACUCAAAGGAAUGAUCAGAAGUUGCCAGCUUAUAAUACUGAGUCAAAACGUGACCAUCAUCGACUUGAGUUCAGAAGCACCGUUGAGGUGGGUGGCGAGCGGUUUCAAUCAGCUCGCAAUCAUAGCCGCCGCAAGGAUGCAGAGCAGGAUGCUGCCAGAGUGGCCUAUGAAAUCCUGGUGACAAAGACAGUAAAUGAUGAUGAUCAUACAGACGCGCUUGGGCUGAUUGAUCAGGGCGUGGUGUUCUGCAAAUCAAUUCUCCAUGAAUUUGCUGUUAAGACAAAAGUUGAUCAGCCCACUUACUCCGCAGAUCAUCCAGAAGGGGUAUCACCCAUGACUCUGUUUGUUUCAUCUGUGUUGUUUGCUGGGAACACUUAUACUGGUGAAGCUGCAACAUGUAAGAAGGACGCAGAGCAGAAGGCUGCUCGUGUUGCAGUCAAAUCUAUUUUAGCUACAAAGAACACUUGUAUGCAUCAAAUUGUCAGAUCAAAGAAAGAGCUUAUCAUUGCCAUCACAUCUUCUGGGUUCAACAAAGAAAGAGGAGUUGUAAGCCAGGAAAACUGCAAUGCUCCAACAAAUGCAAUUACUCCUAUAAAAUUUGUGCCUGCUGGUGAAGCUGCUGGUCUAACUGCGGAUCAAGGAGCGACCAACGUUCCUGAAGAUGAUCCAUGUGCACAAGCUGUAUCUGGCUCGGAAAAGCGCAAGAAGCACAGAAAGGUUUGAUGAGAAGAUUCUCACCCAUCAUAACAUGAGGUUUCAUCGUCUAUGGUGGUGGAAGUGAAGGGACUGCUGGUUAUGUGGCGCUGUGUAUGACAUGUUUUUGGGCCAUUGCUAGGAUGCUUGUUGGAAUGACGUUGAGUAAGGCAUCCACUAUCCGUAUGUUUCCGUGAUUAGCUUAGCUUGGUAUCAGGAACUCAGGUUUCUAUCGAAGUGGCUUUGCUAUGUCGGGAACUCUGGAUCUCUGUGAUGUAACUUGUGGUUCGUCGUACCAUUUCCAACCCGUGUUCGUGUCAGAUCACUUGAGGAUGUGUUUGGUUCAAGCAAUA